AUGUCUCUUCAGAAUAACUAUGGAGUUCGUGGCUAUGAAGGUGCAUCUUGGACAAGCCUAUCUACAGACAAACCCCUCCUGUAUUCUCAAGAACAGCUCCUCCCGCAAGAGAAAAGACGAUUUAUCCAUUGGAGAGCACCCACAGUUAUGAUAGUCUCAUUUGCUAUCGGGGUGCUGGGCGCCAUUCUUCAUCACGUUCUCUACUUCACUUUCAACAACCGAAUCGUCAGCUUCGAUCAUGAACAACAAAUCAUAUCAACAUCUGGGCUGGCUUUGGCUUUCAUUGUCAAAGUAUCCUUGGCGGCUUCAUCAGCCACUGCGUUCACACAAUGCCUGUGGCGCUCAUUGAGGUCCAGCGGUGUGAAGAUCCGUGCGGUAGAUUCGAUGUUUGACGUUCUCACCAAUCCUUUUGAGUUCUUGUAUGUGAAGGUCUGGGUCCGGCACCCUUUACUGACCCUUACAGCGGCUACAACAUGGCUGAUUCCGCUAUCCGCCAUCUUCACACCUUCCACAUUGACAGUGCGGCCUCUGAUGCACGAGAGCACAGAAGUUGUACAAGUCCCCCAGCGGCAGAACAAUGACUCACAGCUCUCUAUGCUGACCACUAAUGAUGGCUCGUCCUGGAUAUACUUUGGGACGUCAACAACCUUCCUCAAAGUAGCGAAUCUGAACAUCCAGCAAGGCGGCGUCCUCCCAGUAUCAUUAGAGUUGGGGUCACAAAACCUCUCCUACACUCUCGACUUUUACGGACCUGCUCUUCAAUGUGUUGAGCCUGACAGUACUACUACCGCCACCCUUCGCGAUGGCCUUUAUGAUUACAUGAACCAGACAGGAAAUAUGAUAUACUGGGCGGGAUUCGUGCCUCAAAGCGAUUUCGGGCCGAGCACAAUCAAUGCCACAUUUUUCGAGGCCCUCAUCGAUGGCAAGGGACAAUACAAUUUUUCGACGCCAAACCUUGGCCUGGAAGCACCCAGCAACGGUCCAGCAAAGGCAUUUCAUAUGAUGUACUCCUCGGAUAAUAUGACUGCCAUACCAGCUGGAAAUUGGCACUACGACGUGGCCGAAUGUACCUUACACAAUGCAUCAUAUAACUCACAUUUUGAGCUCAGUAGCAAUGGGCAACAGGUCAUUACUGCGAGUCGGCAAGUCCUCAAAGGUAUCGAGGGUGUGCAGUAUCUCCCGACCAAGUACACAGUUGACGAAGCAGCCGAACGAUUCAAUGCCCAAGCUUUCAUGCAAGCAUUUGGAUACUAUGCAAGCGGAACCACAACAAUCAAGAUCAACGGCAACAACUUUACCCCGGGGAGUUCUGUUCAAGUCAACCCAGUCUUGGGUGCAGCUAUCUCUGGGGCCAUGUAUUCCGACCCUGCUUUUACCACGACCUGGAGCCAAUUUACCGGCGCACUGGAAAGUCUGUUCCAAAACUUCACGCUAAGUUACCGCUACAGCAAUAUGCAAUUCGGGUAUCUCGAGCAGAACUACAGCUCUCAUGUAGCUACUCAAGCAACGCUCAGACAAUCGCUCAACACUUUCACCUAUGCGCCUCGAGCUCUUUUCAUAUCAUAUGCCGUCGCCAUAGGCCUAUCUGCAAUCUGUCUUGGGGUGGGCGUUCAUGCCAUACACGUCAAUCGACUCUCUUACGCGAACAGUUUCUCCACCAUCCUGCGUGUGACGAGAGACAAAGCAUUUGAUGCUCUUGUUGAGAACGGAGAAGCCGCUUCUGGUGCAGACCCUUUGCCAAAACAUGUUGCGAAUGUCACAGUCACAUAUUUCAACCAGAUUGAUGCCCAGGACGGAAGGGGAGCAGCAGGCAUGCAUGUUCUGUCAUAA